CUGAGAUAAGCAAGUAGGCGGAAAUCAGCUGUAUGGACGAAACACCUAUCUGAGGGAAAAUAAUAUAUCAAGUGAGGUCUAUGUUUACUUUCUGUUUGGCGGGAGUAAAUCAGUACGGGUGAUCUGAAGAUGAAGAUUGCAGUGCUUGGAGCUACAGGACAGACCGGGCAGGAGCUGGUAAAUCAGGCUCUACAGCAGGGGCACAUUAUCACAGCCAUAGUGAGGAAUCCUUCCAAACUGACAAUUAGCCAUGAGAACCUUAAGGUGGUGGAGGGGAAUAUUUUCUCAGAAAACAAUCUGAAGCCAAUAUUCACAGGACAGGAUGCGGUGAUGUCAUGUCUUGGGUUCCCACCAUCUAUUUUCUAUGGGGUUACCGGCUAUACUCAGUCUAUGACAGCAACCCUCAGUGCAAUGCGAGAAGUCAAAGUGAACCGAAUCAUUACCAUGACAUCAUGGUACACAGAUCCUAAUUCAGGGACUAGAUCUUCUUUUUUUGUCCGCUAUGUGUUGCUGCCAAUAAUCCGGAGUGUUCUAAGCAACAUGUAUGAGAUGGAGAAGCUUUUGGAGAAGACUGAGAACAUCAACUGGACUGUGGUUAGACCACCAGGGCUACAGAAUACUCCAGUAACAGAUAAGGAAUUCCUAACACAUGAAGGUUACUAUGUGCCUGAUGAGACUGGCUAUCCUGUAGGCCAGACUGUGUCAAGAUCAGAUGUGGCUCGCUUCAUGUUGUCUCUGCUCAGCAGCAACACCUGGAUUAAGAAAGCAGUUGCUAUCAUCACCAAGUAAAUUAAAACCUUGAUCCAUGCUAAUGCAGGGGAGUUCAAAGCACACUUAAAAUGUUUCCUGUUUAUUCUAUUCACUUCUUAUUUUUGAAUGCGGUUAAUAAAACACUAAUCUCAUAUAUAAUUAUAUGCAUACUGUAUCAUAUUAGCCAAAGACUCUGUAUAUGCAUCUGACACCAUGUGAAUUUCUUGAAUUAAGUUUCUGCUUGUUUUUAAUGUAAAGAUGAAUGUUGAUGAUCUCUUUAGGCCAGAUAAUCAUAAAAUAAUCUCUUAUAAGCUAAUAUAGAAAUGGCAUGUGAGUUAAUUAUACUAAUGAGGCAAUACUUAUUUUUACAGUACGUUUGAACGUAUGUACUGUGUAUAUAGGAGCAAAAUUUGUUGUCUGCUGACUUUUUAAAAAUAAAUAUUUAGUUUAA